AUGAUAGAAAUAAAAGACAAGAAGGAUAUCGGUGACUGCGAUAGUAAAAAUGUCAGAUUCAACGAGAGGAUUAUACUUAACGUCGGAGGAGUGAAGUACGAAACCUACCGUUCAACUUUAACCGCAUAUCCCAACACACUUCUCGGUACAAUGUUUGCGGAUCGUAAUCUAUCCCUUUUAUACAAAACAGACGGUAAUGAAUACUUUAUAGAUAGGAACGGUCAUGCAUUUUUUUAUAUUUUGGAAUUCUAUCGGACGGGAAGACUGUCUUGGAAAGAAGAAGAAGGAAACUGUAUAUGUGGAACAGAAGGGCAUUUGACCAUCGGGAAUGAUCGUGGGAAUAUAACCCGCGAAGAACUCAUCUCAGAAAUGCAAUAUUUCCAACUCCCUGUCCAUACCAUUACAUCUUCGUUUAUCCACCGCGCUGCCGGACAACGCUUGACCCAUUUUAUGCGAUCACUCGAGAAGGUCUUGCACAUUCUUGCAAGCGAAUUUCAAACCUCUAUAAGAAUAGACUUUCGUAAAAACAAGCUAGCCCCCCAUAUCACUAUUUUGUCGUCCGGCGAUGAAGAUACAACGUUAAAGGCAGCCGUCAUAAAGGUCAUAAAACCACAUGGAACGGUUGGGUAUGUUAUACUAAGUACAUAUGGAAACGAGAUCAAGAGAUAUUUGGAAAGCGAGGUAGAAGGGGUAACGCUUGAAGUGAAUCAUGUGGAUAAUUUCAAUUGGUUUAGAUUGGAAAUGAAGAUUAAUGGUUUGGAAAACAAUCUUGUGUUGGAGAAUAGUGUUAUAAUCAUUUGCAUGUGUAUGUAUACUGGUGUAACAUGCAUGCAUAACGAGACGUUACUAGAAACAUGGAUAUAUGGAUAG